AGUCCAUAUGGUGCAAAGAACAGUAUUGAAGGUGCAACUAUCAUGCGAAAAAUCUAAGAAGAGGAUCCUCCGAUCAGUUUCUGGUGUCCAAGGCGUGGAUAAGAUUGAAAUGGAUGUAGCCAAAGGAACUGUAACUGUAACGGGAGAUGCAGAUCCAUAUGAGAUUAUUUUACGAACAAAGAAGGCUGGAAAAUUCGUGGAAGUGGUGACAAUUGGACCUCCUCCUGCACCUCCAAAGAAGCCGGAGGAAAAGAAACCUGAGGAAAAGAAACCAGCAGAGAAAAAAACAGAAGAAAAGAAACCCAAAGAAGAUGUUCAAAUUCUUCCAUAUAAUAUGCACAUCCCACAGGAUUGUGUUGUUUGUCGACAAAUGACCAUGGAACAUAUGAAUCAUUGGGAGGGACGAGACUCCAAUUGUACCAUUAUGUGACUUUUUGUGAAUUAGAGAUUGUUGCGUCACUAUUUUAAUUUCAUCGUGACAUUAAUUUUUGAAAUAUGAUGUGUAUGGU